AUGCCAGGAAUAAGUCCAACAGGUAUGAGUGCUUCUAACAGGAAUCCACGCAAAAACAGGCAAUCCAUAUCAGAAGCUAUCUCCAUUUCCCUUGGGUUGCAUAAGUCAGAGAGUCCACAGGACGGAGAUGGUCUAUUGAGUAGUGAAAAUGAACAAUCCAAUUGGGCGACGCCUCAGGGAAACAAUUAUUUAGGUAGAUCAUAUGUUAGUGGAUUUUUGUCGGCAUCGUCUUUCCCCAAUGGUUUCGAUUCCGACGCAUUACCGUUAUCAAGACUUAGAACAAAGUCUAUUCAUGCAUCGCAAAAUUUACACAAAGAAACUGCUAAAUUGUCUAAUGAUUUCAAUGGCGAUGAGGCAGAAGAUGAUAGAUAUGAUGAAUUAGGUGCUCAUGAUAACGCAGAAGAUUACGGAGAUUACAAAGACAAUUAUUUAGAGAACAACAAUGAUGAGCGAUCAUUUUCAGAUUUUUAUGACCGAAAUGAAAGAGGCGAUGCUAUCAGUGAUGAAUAUGAAAGCUUAGUGCAUGGUCCUGGUCAAACGUACCAAGCUGUCACUUCAUCUACCGAAGGUAGCAGUAGUGGCUUACGCAGAUCUGCAAGCAACUCUGCUGUUGUGAAUCAUAUUUCUAAUUUUUGUUACAAAUUCAUACAUUACUUGCCUGCAGCCAUACUUGGAUUGCUAUUAAACAUUUUGGAUGCGUUAUCAUAUGGUAUGAUUAUGUUUCCAAUUACUGAUCCAGUGUUUUCGAGUUUGGGUCCAAGCGGAUUAUCGAUUUUUUAUAUUUCCACAGUUAUUUCACAAGUGACCUAUUCAAGCGGAUUCUCAUCAUUUGUAUCUGGUAUCGGUAGUGAAAUGAUUGAAGUUACUCCAUUUUUUCAUAACAUGGCACUCGCGAUUAAAGAAUCUUUACCAGGUAAAGACGAUGAAAUUAUUACAACAACAAUUUUCUGUUAUGCGUUCAGUUCUAUAAUUACGGGGGCAACUUUUUACUUGUUAGGUAAGCUAAAAUUGGGUAAAAUUGUUGGUUUUUUCCCGAGGCAUAUUCUGAUAGGUUGUAUUGGUGGUGUUGGAUAUUUCUUAAUUGCCACUGGUAUUGAGGUAACAACUAGAGUUCCAUCAGUUGAAUAUACCUGGCACUUUUUAGCAAAUCUUUUCAGCAAUGUGGAUAUACUUCUGAAAUGGGGCUUACCAGCUUUGCUAACUGCCAUACUAAUAGUUACUCAGCGUUGUUUUCAAAAUGCAUUGGUUCUACCAUCAUUUUAUAUUGUAACUCUUUUCGCAUUCCAUUUUAUAGUGGCAAUCACUCCAAGCCUUUCUCUAAGUAAAUUAAGAGAAAUUGGUUGGAUUUUCCCAGUAGCAGCUUCUAGUGACAAAUGGUAUGAUCACUAUAAGUUAUUUGAUUUUACAAAAGUACAUUGGAAUUUGGUUUUAAAGCAAUUUCCUACAAUGUUAGCAUUAACUUUCUUCGGCAUUUUACAUGUUCCAAUUAAUAUUCCAGCUUUAGCGAUUUCUUUAAAACAGGAUAAAAUUGACGUAGAUAAGGAACUAAUAGCGCAUGGUUACUCUAAUUUUUUUAGUGGUCUUCUCGGUUCUAUUCAAAAUUAUCUCGUUUACACAAAUAGUGUUUUGUUCAUUCGUGCUGGAGCAGAUUCCGCAUUUGCAGGGUAUCUUCUUGCAGCAUUAACAUUUGCCGUAAUGAUAAUUGGCCCUGUUCUCAUUUCUUUUAUACCAAUUUGCAUCGUUGGCUCACUAAUUUUCUUACUGGGUUACGAACUGUUAUACGAGUCUUUGUUUGAAACUCUCGGAAAAGUAACAACUUUCGAAUACAUAACUAUUGUGAUAAUAGUUCUAACAAUGGGUAUAUUUGAUUUUGUCCUUGGUGUCAUCGUUGGUGUCUUGAUUGCAUGUUUCUCAUUUUUAUUCGACAGUGCCAAAUUGAAGACAAUCAAUGGAGAAUUUGAUGGACAGGUUGCCAAGAGUACUGUUUAUCGUGACUACCUGCAGACACACUUCUUAGAUGGUGUCGGGGAACAGAUUUAUGUUUUAAAGUUACAAAAUGUAUUGUUUUUUGGAACCAUUAUUUCGAUAGAAGAGAAAAUCAAUAAACUAUUGGAGGACACUGAUGCGAAAGAUUCUAAAAAACGUAGAAUCAAAUACCUGAUUUUAGAUUUUAAAAACAUCAAUUCCGAUAACAUUGAUUAUUCUGCUGCAGAAGGUUUUAACAGAAUAAAGAGGUUUACCCAAUCAGAAAGGAUUCAGCUGAUUGUUUCAUCCAUUCAAGAGCGAGAUCAUAUCUAUAGCGCUUUCAGUAAGGUUGGGUUAUUAGAUGAUGUGGAACUUUUUAGUGAUUUGAACAGUGCCCUUGAAUGGUGUGAAAAUGAGUUUUUAACGAAAUACCAAAGGUUGAGAUCGAUCGCCAAGAAGAAACAACAGAAGAAAAUGGAUGUUAAUUUAGCCAUAAGAAAAGCCACAGACAGGAAAAUUUCUCUAGAUGGACUUUUGAAGAAAAACGAUGGUGUUAUUUCUCAAUCUCGCAAUUCUAUUUCGUUCCCAGACAAUACGCCUAGAAACCACCAAAUGUUAUCUGUCGCCCAAAAUCUUUUUAAAAGCGAGCAACAAACAAGAAAUAGUUUAAGAGCACCGGGUCAGGAAACACCACUGGUUCUACCAUUACUACUGUUUGCAUUGAAGUUAUAUAUCCCCAGCCUUAUUUCGGAGGAUCCUUCUGUAAGAGGUAAGGAAGUACAACUCUGGUCACAACUUUGUCCCUACUUCAUCAAAAGAAGACUCGCUUCUCAAUCUAUAUUACUCCAUAACGAUAACAUUUUUUUCGUCAUCGAAUCUGGACUUAUCAAGAUAACAUUUGAUUUGCCUUCUGGCACUUUGUAUGAGACGAUGUCCAAUAGAACGUGCUAUGGCAAAGCUUCUAGCAAGGAUUUUUCUUCUGGAAAAGAUCAAAAAGCCACUAUCAUAACAGAAACAGAUGCGGUUGUUUGGAUCAUAGAUUCCUCAGCCUUGAACAAAUUAAGAGACAACAAUUUGCCGUUAUACACUGACUUAAUCCUAUUAAUACUUUCAAUCAGGGACAAGAGGUUUAAGGAACUACUCGGCUACACCCUUGUUUGCUCUUAA